GUUACUCCAGUACUUGAACGCACCAGAGCCACCGCGCUAACACAGAUGAUUCUGUCGUCCUUAGUGGCUUCUUAACGGACACUGACAGCAGAUGACACAAUAACCAACACGAAUCGACUACACGUUUCAAGAAAAUGAUUCCAGAACUAAACAACCCAUCAGUAUGUAUGAGGGACCCUCAGAGAGUCCAGGACAUCCUGAUGUCUAUGCAGAAGUCUGGCUCCAACACCCUACAGGUGAUUUCAGAUUUUGAUAUGACCCUCACAAGAUUUGCAUAUGAAGGAAAACGAUGUCCAACUUGUCACAAUAUUCUUGACAACAGCAAACUAAUCUCCAAUGAUUGCAAAGAAAAGCUAAAGGAGCUGCUAAACACAUACUACCCCAUAGAGAUCGACUCAUCCAGGUCAAUAGAGGAAAAGCUGCCCCUCAUGGUGGAGUGGUGGACAAAGGCCCACGACCUACUGGUAGAACAGAGGAUCAGGAAAGACCUGCUGGCCACAGUGGUUCGGGAGUCUGAAGCCAGGCUGAGGGAGGGUUUCCAGCUCUUCUUCAACCACCUGCAUGAGCACAGCAUACCUCUACUCAUCUUCUCCGCCGGCAUAGGGGACAUUCUGGAAGAGGUGAUUCGCCAAGCUGGGGUUUUCCACUCCAAUGUCAAGGUCUUCUCCAAUUACAUGGACUUUGAUGAAUCUGGAGUGUUGAAGGCCUUUAAAGGAGAGCUGAUCCACAUCUAUAAUAAAAGAGAAGGCGCUCUGCUCAACACCGGCCAUUUCCAGGAGCUGAGGACACGACCCAAUGUGCUGCUGCUUGGAGACUCACUAGGAGAUCUGACCAUGGCCGAUGGAGUACAGGACAUGGAGAACAUCCUCAAGAUUGGCUUUCUUAAUGAUAAGGUGGAGGAGAGGAAGCAGUCAUAUUUGGACUCAUAUGACAUUGUGUUGGUAAAGGAUGAGACCUUAGAAGUCCCCAACGCUGUACUUCUCUACCUCACUGGCAAUAAGUAACUGAAAUGGUUUCGUAUUGGACGUUACAGUGCCAUCACCUGAGGAGGCCUCCACUCAGAAAAGUGCCAGUCAAAGGCUUAUUCACAACCAGCUAAGAAUGUUUCAUGUUCUUUUUUUUUUUUUUUUGUUAUUUUACUAAAAGUAACAGAAUCAGUCUGGGCGCCAGACUUUAACAUAUCCACUCCAGGAAAAACAAACAAAGCAAACCUCACAUCAGCAUGUCACCUCUUUGUCCAUUUGCCUUCCUCUCAUGUUUAAGGUAAUCCUGCUAUUGGACUAAACUGUAUGUGAUGGGGGUCAAAGGUCUCACACAACUUGCACUGUGCAGCAUGGAAAGUGUGCAUGUGGUUAUGGGUGUUUUUUUUUUAAUAAUAUGCUUGGGGGACAGAUGGUUUUGUCAGUUUAUGAAGAUGUUACAACAAAGGGAAAGAAAAACGCACAACAGGAUUUCACAUAUUAUUGAGUCUGAAACUGUUCUCCAACUCAUUACAAUAAAGCUCCUCAACAGCUGGUUUUAACCUCAAACCGCACCUUUUAAAAACAUGUUUGGCCUUGUUCUAUUUUGUUGAAAAAGUCACUUAAUUUGGAUUUGUAGCUGUAUUGUCACACAGGAUGUAUUUUAUAUGACAACUGGUUCUGGAACACUACGGUGCUACUAAACAUUAAACUGACAACUAGGUUUUAUUAAACAUUUAUGAGAACCAGAUUGCUGCCUCAUA